AUGGUGAAAAUUAUGUCCUUUGUUUGGAAUAUGAAGAGUUUUGUGUUGAUGGUAGUAUUGAGCAUCGCAUGCGAAAAUUUUUAUAGAUCUACGAAGACUGCUGAAAGUUCUUGCGCCCAACUUUUGCGUUACAGUAAAUCUGUCGAAAUGCGCAAGACUUGCAAGAACGUGUUGCGUUUGAACCGCGCUUCGCUUCGCAAGAUGUCGGCGUUCGGCGUGUUCGAACUCGACGCAAUGUUCCCGCUGCGGCUGCUCACCGCACUCGUGGUUUACAUUGUCGUGCUACUGCAGUUUGCCUUUCUGUCGUCCUAG